GCAAGAGAUGGCUGUGUCUCUUCCUCUCAGACUUCAAUGCACAAAAAACCAGUCAAUCUCUCUCCUCUCUUCCUUCCUUCCUUCCUUUGGACACAAAAUUCACCAUUUUUAACCACUCGAACUCCUCGCAUUCUCUCUCUCCUUCUUCUUCUUCUUCUUCUUCUUCAUCUCGCCAGAUCUCUCUCUCUCUGUCAUCGGCGUCGAGUUCGCCGGAGCAAUUUCCGUGGCCUGGGAUGGCGGCGACUCCCAUCGUUUUCUUGCUCCGCGCGCGUCGCGCCGGCAAUGCCGGCCCAGAUCUAGCGUCGAUAACCUGAUGCGCAACUCUGUGUGUCGCUCGUCGUAAUCCUCGCCGCAUUCGGCGGGAGAUACCUGUAAUUGAGAGAUGGAGGUGGAGAAAAGACGGUCAAAGGGAGGCUUCCUACAGUUUUUUGACUGGAACAGCAAGUCCAGGAAGAAGCUGCUGUUCUCAAACAGUCCUGAUAUACCUGGACCUGAUGGAGUUAAGCAUGGAAUGGAUGAUGCAAAGAUCUUGGCGAAGUCAAGGUUUCAGAUGAAUGUUAAUGAUGAAAAUGGAGUCAGUUUAAGUAAAAGCGGAACUAGUGAAUGGAACUGUGCUGAUUCAGAGACCAGCAAUGAAGGAUUUGAAAAUAGAGCCCUUGGAGUAGUGGCUCGACUAAUGGGUUUGGAUUCAUUGCCAAAGUUAAAUGGUCCCGAAUCCUCCACCUCGUGUUCCGAAUUUCAUCAAGUCGAAGCUUCUCCUUACAGUGAUGGCACCCAUGAUUUGCGAAGUAGAUGUGAUCGGAUUGAUUACCUCAGCAGUUCUAGUAGUAGUUUCUCCUCACACCUGCAGAAGUAAAGCCCUCAAAGGCGCAGAACCGACCGAUAGAGAGAUUUCAGACCGAAAUACUUCCUUUGAAAUCAGCUAGACCUAUUUCCAUUACCCAUCAUAGGCUGUUUUCUCCAAUUAAAGGUCCCGGAUUCGUUCCGGCCAAGAAGGCUGCCUAUGUUAUGGAGGCAGCCACGAAGAUUAUUGAAGCUAGUGCCUGGGUUGUCAGAGGCAAAGCAUCAUCGACAUCAUCGACUGUUUCAGCAUCAGUUCCUUUGAGAAUACAGGAUCUAAAAUUGAAAUUAGAAUAUUCCUAUGAGGCAUCAAGGCAAAAGAAAGCUAGUAGUUCUGGCGGUGUCAUGGGGUAUACCUCAUUUGUACAUUUUCCAAGGCUUGUAUCUUAUCUGUUUAAGCAUUCUUUAUCCUGUAUUCUUAUAGGGGUCACACUCAUAUAGUCAUAUUGUCGACUAUAUAUCGAUGUUGUGUGUAUGGAAAUUUUUAAGAACCUUCAAAAUCGGGCCCCCCCAAAGAUUAAUAUAUACUAUACAUGA